AUGGCCGACACCAGCCUCCAGACACGCACUCACGACUCUGAUGAUGAUCUCGAUGACAUCCUUAAAGACAUCACAAACCCCCAGACCAUCGUUCAAUCGACCGAGAACCCAUCGCAGCCACAGUACCGAAACAACAAGAAGAAUGACAAUUCUGGCACCUUGGGCGUCGAUGAAGAGAUUGUAAUUACAAAAAAGCGCCAGCCUGCGCCGAAGCUCGACGAUCAAAGAUUGUUGUCGGAUCCUGGUAUUCCCCGCUUACGCAAGAUCUCAAAGGAUCGUCUUCGCUUCAAAGGGAAGGGUCACGAGUAUGGAGACAUUGCCCGCAUGCUGAACAUGUACCAACUGUGGCUCGAUGACCUCUACCCCCGCGCCAAGUUUGCAGAUGCUCUAGCCAUCAUCGAGAAGGUCGGACACACAAAGCGCAUGCAGCUGAUGCGGAAAGAUUGGAUUGAUGAAGGCAAACCACGGCGCCACACAGGGCUGGACGACGACGACGAUGACGUGGCUCGAGAGAAGACUCCACCUCAACAGAGCGCCGAAAACAUGGAGGGCAUAGAGAACGACGGUCAAGAAGACAUAAGUCGCCAAAUAGAACGAGAAGGAUCUGCGCGCAAUCCAGCAGCAGAUGCGGCAGAACCAACAGCGAGUGGUGAUCCUGACGACGAUGAGCUGGAUGCUCUGUUAGCUGAAAGCGAACAACCUAGCUACACAGCACCCAAAACACUCCCAACACGGCCGAUGCCCCCACAGGACGACCCUUUUGCGGACGAGAUGGAGGCAAUGGCAGAUAUGGACGACAUAUGGGAUUGA